AUGGCCUCCGUUUCCGUUGACGAAAUGUAUGUUUUCGCUCAUUCUUGCACCGUUAGAACAUUUAAGCGUAAGGACACCAAAUCCGAUUCCAGUGAAGUCUCACCUUUAGAACAAGUACUAAGGCAUAAACGUAAACACAUACCAGAUGCUAAUACACAGAACUUCAAGAUGAGGUUGUUUGAUAUAAACUCGGACAAUGAAGACACCAAUGAUGAUAGAGACAAAAGAGAGAGCGAAGAAGAAGAUGAGGAUAGGCUCUCCUCUAUUGUUGAUCUAAGUUCUGAAUUUGAUGGUGGCAUGUGGACAUUCUUCAAGAAGGACUGGGAAGAUAUAAAAACCAUGGUGUAUAGUCAGCUCAAUCUCGCACCAUGUAAAUUCAAAGGUGCCAUCCAUGAAAUUGUGAAGACUAUAGAAGAAAUGUGUGCUGUCUAUAAGUACUGGGAAGCACAAAAACAUAUUUUGGACGAAAUGAAGCAAUCAGAUAGCUAUGACAUUAAAUACCAACAGAUUCUCAAAACAUACUUUAUUGUAUUGGAUAUGUUUUCAAAGAAAAAACUCACAGAAAUGGAAUAUAUAUUCAAAUGA